AUGACGGUCGAUGAGGCAGCGAGCGACAGAGCGACAAACACGCAAAAGGGAUCAAAUGGAGUUGGAAAUCUUAGGGUAUCGGCUUAUCUCCCCCUACCUCUCCGGGGCCUUCCUCUGCGAUCUGAUCCCAUCGUCCAUGAUUUGCUCACCAAAUACAACCUCCCCAAGGGUCUUCUUCCCAAAAUUGUUAAAUCCUACGCUCUCUCCGAUGACGGAUCCUUCCACGUAGAACACCGAAAGCCUUGUUACGUGCAGUUUGACCGUUUGGUUUAUUACGAUGAGGUGAUUAUCGACAAGCUUACUUACGGAUCGAUGUCCAACGUGUCUAGAAUACAGGUGAAGAAGCUGUUCAUAUGGCUGCCUGUGACCAGAAUCAAAGUCAAUGAGAAAUCAAAUACUGUUGAAUUCUAUGUUGGGCCGUUGUCGGAGGAGCUUCCUGCUAAUCAGUUUGAUGAUAUGCCUUCCUGCAAGCGUCAAGCAUGUAGAGGGAAAGCACCACCCCGAAGCCAUGUGAGGCAGUCACUAUUUUUUAUUUUUCAAAUUUUUUCACUUGGAAAAGUGAACGAUCUGGUGCUUGGGAAAAUUCCUAGAAGGAGAUUAGAAUUAUUUGCUCAAAAUAAUAAUGAUAAUAAUGAUAAUGAUAAUAAUAUCUGUUGAUAUUUUAUUUCUA